GCAUUAUUAUUUUUAAUAUAUACAAAAAACCUCCAUUCGUUGACCCUUCCCUGUCCUCCAAUGGCGGCCCCUACGCCGUUGGCCUUGCCUCUUUCUCUCUCUCUCUCUCUCUCUCUCAAAAGCUCAAAUAGCCCAGAAAGCAAAGUAGUCCAAAAAGAAACAAGAUAAGAAGAAGCCAAACUCGCAAAGAAACAAAAAGCAAAAAAAAUAAAAAAUAAAAAUAAAUAGUGAAAUCAAAGAUUUAGAGGAGAGCAAAAAAUCGCCUUUUUAACACCUCAUUCCCUCUUUCUCCGGCACUCUGUAUAACGAAAAACGAGACCAAAGACGCAAACUUUAAGCUCUUCUUUUUGUGUGUUUGUGUUUCUCUUCUAUUUUCUUCUUUUUAUCUCUUUCUCCUUUUUAUUUUUCUUUCCGACAAUGGAGGACGAAAGUAGCAACUGGUUGAUUCCAAAGGUUCUCCUUUUGUCUGUAAUCCUUAGUCUUGUAAUUGUGAAAGGCAUGUCUCUGCUUUGGUGGAGACCCAGAAAGAUCGAAGAACAUUUCUCAAAACAGGGAAUUCGAGGUCCUCCCUAUCAAUUCUUCAUCGGUAAUGUUAAAGAACUUGUUGGCAUGAUGCUUAAAGCUUCUACUCAUCCUAUGCCUUUCUCUCACAAUAUCCUUCCAAGAGUUCUCUCUUUCUACCAUCACUGGAGGAAAAUCUAUGGUGCUACGUUUUUGGUAUGGUUCGGGCCAACUUCCCGGUUAACGGUGGCGGAUCCGGAUCUGAUCCGAGAAAUAUUUUCAAAGUCUGAGUUCUAUGAGAAGAACGAAGCUCACCCUUUGGUUAAACAGCUCGAAGGCGAUGGACUUCUUAGCCUCAAAGGAGAAAAAUGGGCUCAUCAUCGCAAAAUCAUUAGCCCCACAUUUCAUAUGGAGAAUCUCAAACUGCUUAUACCUGUGGUGUUGAAAAGCGUGACGGAGAUGGUGGAGAAAUGGUCGGGGAAGCUAUCAGAAACUGGCGAAGUUGAGGUCGAUGUGUAUGAGUGGUAUCAAAAUUUGACCGAAGAUGUUAUAAGCAGAACAGCUUUUGGAAGUAGCUAUGAAGAUGGCCGAGCGAUAUUUAGACUACAAGCUCAACAGAUGAUUCUUUGCGCGGAAGCUUUCCAGAAAGUCUUCAUCCCUGGUUACAGUUUCUUUCCGACGAAAGGAAAUUUGAAAUCUUGGAAGUUAGAAAAGGAGAUAAGGAAGUCUUUGUUGAGACUAAUAGAGUGGCGGAGAAAGAGCAAAGAAAGUAAGGAGCUGGGGCUGGAGCCGGCAGCGUCGGCGAAGGAUUUGUUGGCUUUAAUGAUUCAGGCGAAAAAUGUGACGGUGCAGGACAUUGUGGAGGAGUGUAAAAGCUUCUUUUUCGCCGGAAAACAAACAACAUCCAAUCUGCUGACGUGGACGACCAUCUUGCUAGCCAUGCACCCGGAGUGGCAGGCCAAAGCACGUGAUGAGGUCCUCAGGGUCUGCGGCUCACGUGAUGUCCCCACUAAAGACCAUGUCGUUAAGCUCAAAACGUUGGGCAUGAUUCUGAACGAGUCCCUAAGGCUGUAUCCACCAAUUGUAGCGACAAUCAGACGCGCAAAAUCGGAUGUUGAGCUAGGAGGGUACAAAAUCCCAUGUGGCACGGAGCUUCUGAUCCCAAUCAUAGCUGUCCAUCACGAUCAAGCAAUUUGGGGUAACGACGUAAACGAAUUCAAUCCAGAUCGAUUCGCAAACGGAGUGCCUCGUGCUGCGAAACAUCCUGUUGGGUUCAUACCAUUCGGUCUUGGAGCUCGUACGUGCAUCGGUCAGAAUCUUGCCAUUCUUCAAGCCAAACUGACCCUUGCUAUAAUGAUCCAACGCUUCACUUUUCACUUGGCCCCUACUUACCAACACGCACCUACCGUCCUCAUGUUGCUCUAUCCUCAGCACGGUGCACCGAUCACUUUCCGGAAGUUGAACAGUUGCGAGGAUCGCUAAGAGAUCAACAGUCCGAAGCUCGUUCUGGAGUUUUAAGCUUGGAAUAAAAGAUGUUCUGAAGCUUUCAAAACUGACAUUCUCCUUUGUCGUUGUUUUAACCUUCAUAAAUAUAUAGUUUUAACUUCAGAAACCAUAUAUUUUCAAUUUUUUAAUUGUUUUAUCAAAACCUUCUUCUGGUUUUAAAUUAUGCUUUUGAUUUUUGCUAUCUAGGACUAAGAGCAUCCCCAUUAGUGAACUCCCUGUUGGGGUUCAUGGAAAUUUUUUAAUAUAUUUCUGGUGGGGUCAUGAAUA